AAAUCUCGUAGAAUCAACGGCGGAUGUAAAACGAAGAACAGCGACCCGACUGCAGCCGUGCCGUUCACUCAUCUCUCUCGCCAUCUCCGUUGAGAUCCUCGGACAUGGUUAUGAGAUCGUAGGGGAGAAUCUCGAAUAUUGAAGGCUGUGAGAAAAAGAAAUGUCUGGGAGGCUUUGGAUUCCGAGAUUUCUUAUCAUCACUCUCCUGCUCAUUAGCCUACGAGUUAACUCUCAAUGUGAAUUCAGUUUCACUGGACGCAACAAGGUCUUUGCUUUCAAUUUAGCAUCUUCGAUUCGGAAUUUCCCUCACGGAGCUCUCAGCGAAGAUGGGUUUUAUAGAGUUGAAGCGAACAGUACCGUGCUAUGGUUUCAGGUUGUCUUCUACAUCAGCUUUGUGACGUGUUGAUUUUCAAUCACGAUCCCCCUCGAUGUGUUGGUUGCAAAGAUUGCGGAGGUCCAUCACACUGUGGAACAUCUUGUAGUGCAUUAUUGUCAGAAAAUGUAAGAGGAUAUGAUGUAUGCAGUUCUCUAGGGCAUGCCUCAAGCUCAAAAGUUGAUAUUAUUGAUAAAGAGGAUCCUGGCAAAGGCAUCAUUGUUAAGAUGUCAGGUGGAAGUAGUAACCAAAAUUGUUCACUUUCAGUUUCUGUUAUCUGCCAGAAAAAUAAAGUUAAUGUACCACUCACUCUGGAGAAAUCUGGUACUUGUCAUUACGCUACUGAGCUGCGACAUCCUUCAGGUUGUGCAGCAGCUAUAUCCGGCCAUGGUAGUGGAUGGGGCUGGUUUAGUACCUUACUAAUCAUUAUCUUGUGCCUGUUUGGAGCUUAUCUGCUGGGUGGUGUAUUGUAUCGGUAUUUCUCCCUUGGAAUUCGUGGCACAGAUGUAAUCCCAAAUUUGGAUUUCUGGGCCACUGUACCUCACAGAACUCAGAGCUGUUUUGGUUCACUAUUUCAGAGAUUCGGGGGGUCUAGUCAUGGUCAACGAACAUCAUAUUCCCAAGUCAACUUCUGAGCAGUCACAGCUAAACCAUGGCGAGAGGGCCCUAGGUCCAACGCCCAGGAUUUUUUUCUUCUUUUAUAAUGUUUUAAAUUUGAUAAAAAAAAAAACUCAAGAUCUGUUAUCCUUUUUUUAACAGCAAGCCCUUGAUUUAUGACUAUAUACAUAAAUAAUUAAGAUCCAUAUCUAUAUCUAUGGGAUUAACAAAAGGGGUUCAUAAUCUAAACUCAUUUUGCGUACUCAAAAAU